AUGGCAAUGCGGAGUGGCGGCGCAACAGCGGGGGGAAGAUCCCGAGGGGGGGACUCGCAGGCAGCGCGAGCAAUGGAUGAGUUCGAGCAGUUAGCCGGUCUUCGGGGUAGGGCCGUGUAUGUUCUGGAACAUCUGGCCACGUUUACCGUGACCAGGGAGACGGGUAUCGUCUACCCAGCUGAUGGCAUGCGACGACUGCUUCAGUUGGAGAAAACAAACGGAAUAUGGAGUCAAAAGAUGCAGUUAUCUCUUGAGGAUCAGUGGGUUCUAGUUAUGGAUUAUGAAACUGGGUCCAUAAUGGAGCGUUUCCCAGCCAACUGGGUGCACUCACCAACAGCCUUCACAUCGCCAGAACCUGCUGAACUCUACAACAACGUGUUGGCCUUUGUAGUAGGGGCCCCAGAGAGUGGUGGUGGCUCCCCUGGUGGCUCCAGACGGGAGUUACACAUCUUCCAAUGCCAUGACGUCAGUGCACAGACACUUGUUGAAGAAUUAAAUGCUCUUAAGGGUAUAGGCAGCGGUGGCUCAGAAGGCGGUCGAGACUUCGUGAUCGAGCGGGAAAGAGAAAGAGAGAAGGAGACGGAGAUGGACAGACCGAGGCGACAGCAAAUGUCUGCACAACUGGGCCGCGAUCGUGGUUCAGCGGGAGAAAGAGAUGACGCCUCAUCCACCGGCUCUGAACGUCUCUACGAACAGGACAUUGCAAUUUUAAACCGUUGCUUUGACGACAUAGAAAAAUUCAUAGCGCGGCUGCAGCACGCCGCAGCUGCGUCACGUGAAUUGGAACGUCGGCGACGAUCUAGAGGGGGGAAGAAGGGGACGGGGGAGGGGAUGCUCGCUUUACGGACCCGUCCACCCCCUGAGAGAGACUUCGUGGACGUCCUGCAGAAGUUUAAGCUGUCUUUUAAUUUGCUAGCGAGAUUACGCACGCACAUUCACGACCCCAAUGCUCCGGAGCUGGUGCAUUUUCUAUUCACUCCGUUGGCCUUGAUUGUCGAUGCGGCGCAGGACGUGGCGGAUGGCAGGUUACCCUCACGGGUGAUACAGCCUUUGUUGACGAGGGACGCGCUCAAUCUAUUGGCUAAUUGUGUGACCAGUAAAGAGACUGAAUUGUGGCAUUCGCUUGGAGACGCUUGGUUGAUUCCGAGAGAACAGUGGAAGACAACUAUACCACCAUACCAGCCAGUUUUCAUGGAUGGAUGGACGCCAGACUACCAAGUGGACGAUCAGCCGUUAAGAAGACCAUCACCACGCCGAAGCGAAGGAAGAGUAGAGGAAGCAGCAGCGAUUGCGGCGGAAGGGUACGGGUUUGAAAGAGACGAACCGGAUGUAUAUGGGGAGAGGGAAUACGCACCUUUCCCAAGGAAUACCCGUACCAGAGCAGAGGAUUCAGAAUCGGCUGCUUCUUCUCCGGAAAGAGAGGCACAGUAUCGCCCUCCUGAAAGAGAAAGAGAUGAUGAUGAUCUGGGUGAAGCCUGGGCGCAAGGUGUGGCUGCUCGUGGUGGUCGCGUGGUGCGUGUGACAUAUCCACGGACUGCUAAUAAUGAUAAAGAACUAACUGUGGUUCGCGGAGAAUAUCUUGAGGUGCUAGAUGACUCCCGGAAAUGGUGGAAGGCCAGAAACCGGCGGGGUGUGACCGCACAUGUCCCGCACACGAUCGUUGCACCUGCUAUCACCCCACCCUCUUCACCUCACCUGUACCCGAACCCCAUCUAUACUCAUUAUCAGGAGGGCACAAGCGGCGGACGUGGUUCCGGCGGAAGCAGUCCCACAGUGCCAGCGGAAAAACCAAUUCCCCCUCCGCCUCCUCCGCCACCGCCCCCGCCAGAACCGCCGGUUGCUCCACCGCCACCGGUUACCAAAACUGAUACUAUGAAAUCUACCAAGUCUGUUAUGAGCACCAGCAGUGGUCUUCACGAGGAGCUGAUGGCUGUAUUGCCACAGAUUCAACGUAGGCUCGAAAUCAAGAAGACUCCAGACAUUUUCAUACAUCAGAAAUCGAAUCCAGAUGAAGUGUUAUCAUGGUUAGAAGCAAAAGGCUUCAGUCGGACUGCUCAAAAGCAACUGCAUGUAUCAGGGCACCAGCUGUUUGCCCUCUCCAGAGCACAACUUGAAAGAGUCCUGGGGGCUGAUGAGGGGAAACGCCUGUACAGCCAAGUACUCGUACAACGAAAUAUUUCUGGGUACAGAACCACAUCAGCAUCAGAGUUGCAGAGUAUCCUUCGGAAGGUACGGGAGAAAGUGGAAGUGACCUGA